UCUAUUAAAAUUUUCCUAAUCUAUUAGGUUCACAAAAAAAUAUAAUCCUGAUGUUAAAUAAUGCUGAAACGAGGUCGUAGACGCGCAUAGAUCUCUUUUAGGUCCACAUUCGAUUCUCUGGUAUCUUAUGUUGAUCUCUAACGUUAGUUACUGGAAUUAUUUCAAGUCAUUAGGUAGGUUUAGGUACGUUAGUCUACCCUGUGUCCUGUCGAGACGAGUAGAAAAAAAAAAGGCAAAUUCCUGCCCGCCUGUUGGAUUGCGUACGGCGAAUAAUAAUAUCCUCGUAAAGAUUGAUUCGUAGAGAUCGUUCUGCAGUGACUACUAUAUAUCUAUAUAACGAAAGAAAGAAAUAUUAUAACUGAGGGAGCAAGCGAAUGGACUUCAUCUAAAGAAAAAAAAUGUUAAUACAAUUAAAACUGAUUGCAUUUCAAAAAUUUUCCUUUUCAGUAAAUUUUGAAAUUACAUUUACUCAGACGAGGAUAAUGAUUUAUUUAAUAUUACAAUAAUAAUAACUACUUUUCCCAGGCACUUGCUCCUUUUAUUACAAGUAACAGCAGGCACGCACGUACACGAAUAAUAUGAAUUUUGGCAGUUUAUUGAGUGCUAGAUUUCGUUAGUCACAGAGACAUUCGUAGAUCUGAUUCAAGCGACGACCUCUCAAAAUUAUCUUAAUUAAUCUCGCACACACUCAUCAUAUAUUCAUGUGACAUUCGAACGAAAACAAAUUUUAUCGCAUGUGCUGCUCAUGAUCGACAUUAUUUCUGUAACAUUAUUACAUAAAAUAUGUAAAAGUAAAAUUCUAUUAAAUUGUUUUCUAUUACAUGGGAAAGAGAAAGAGAGAAAGGUCGUCACUUCGAAAAAACGAAGCUAAUUGUUACUUGAACUAACACUUAGGGUAGCCUGCGUCCGAUGUUGUUAAUUAAUUAUAGAGAGAAUUUGUUGUUUAAUUAUUCUAGAGUUUUUAUUGUGUAUCGUUAUUAUUAUUAUUAUUAUUAUUACUACACAUACACACACACACACAUACAUUGAAACAGUAGUUGAGCUAGUUAUUGCGUCUAAUCGCAAAAAAUUCACACUCUUAUUGCUCGUCCCUCUCGCGCGCAUCUUUAAAUAUUUCCAAAAUGAAAAUACUUUUGCAAAUCGAGUUUUAAUAAUUACGUGACAUUUUAUAAUCUGGAUAUAUUUUCCCAUUCUAUUUCUCAUUCUGCAACACAGACAUUAUUCUUUUUUGCUAAAAAUAAUUUUUAUAUUCAGCAAAACUUUGCAGUAACUAUUUCAUUGUAGACAUUUCACUAAUAAACAAUUAAUUGCGAAUAAAUGUUUUUACUUAAUAUUUUCAAAAAUAUAUUACUUCUUGCAUCUAUUGAAAAUACUCAGAAGAUCAUGCUCAUCAUUGUACACACGCGAGGGGUGAUCAUUUAUCACACAUAUGGUUUUUUGAUAUAUUAAAACGUGUUUAUGUAGACGAACUCAUUGUGAUAGUACGUUGUUGAAGAAGGUAGAUACGCUUCUGGUUAUGCGACUUGAGAUGAUGAUAAUUCGUAAUUUAUUUCAACAUAAUAACAUUGUCAUGAUAUGAUAGAGGCGUCACGCAAUGCAGAACAUAAUGCAGGUUCCCUAAUUAACGUAUCGAUAAUUGUCUGCGCAGACGAUGAUUGCCGAUCUCCUCGGUGUUGCUGGCACGGACGUACCAAUCAAUGAAAUCCAGAAAUUGAUGAUGCCACAUAUGCUCGGCGUCAACGGUUACGCUUUCAUCGUGACCAACAAUGGUUUUAUCCUGAUUCAUCCUGAUCUUCGACCAGUGUUCCAGGGUAUCUUAAAACCGGCAUAUAAUAGCGUCGAUAUGGCGGAUGUUGAGCUAAUGGAUAACGAUAGAGGUCCCAGAGAAUUCGACGACGGAAUCAUCAUGCUUCGCAACAGUGUGAUAAAUCAGAUAAAUGGUAGCGCGACGCUUGUCACAAAGUAUCAUUACGAUGACAUGAAACGUGUUGGUAGAGUGAGAAGAAAAUACAGUCACAUGGGAAUAGCGAACACUCCAUUCACGGUAGUGGUCAGUUUGCCCGAAUAUGAACAUACAUAUUAUCGGGUGCACGCUACCGAGGAGAUACAUCGGUCUCACGCUAAAGGUACGCAUUUUAAUUCUAGCAAACUAUAUUGCAGCGACGAAAGCUUCCAAUAA